CUUCAUUCUGUCAUCUGCGAAAAAAAAGAAAUGUAAAUGGCGAUGUUUCUUUCUUUGUGAUUUGAUUGUUUUAAGUGAUUACAAAUUAGAAUUUGUGCGAAAACAGUGACAUUAUUUUAUCCGUUGAUUAUCGAAGUAAACGUUUAUGCCAAUUUGUGAAAUUAAAUGACUUCAACUCAGACUAUUUUCCAUGUUUGCAUCAACAACAAUUGAUGCCAUGUCAUUUCGAGAAUUGGAGAAACGUACACGCUUACCGCAGCUAUCGGCCCAUAGAAGAACAUUUUAAAAUUAAGUCAUCCCAGCGCAUAGACUUAAACACACACCAUUUGAGUGUAUUGGCACGGAUUCGUUCAAAGCCAAUUGCCUUACUAAAUCAUUGUAAUUAUGGAACUACUUUACGUGGCAACUUAUGUAGCGAUACUAUGCAUCGGAAGUGUUAGCAGUGACAUACUUGUUUAUACAGAAUUAUCCAAUCAGUUGAUAGAAGAAUUUCGUGACCUGCCCGCAAAGUUUGGCCGACAGCUGCCAUCGAACGGUUUGAAAGUACAUGGAAUUGCCGGGAAUCCAGCUAAUGGCUGUUCCAUUCUUGAACCGCCUCCGAAAUCACCGGACAUGGAAGACUUCAAAUGGGCAGUUUUGAUUGCGAGGUACAAUUGCACAUUCGAGGAAAAAGUACGAAAUGCACAAUUGUCUGGCUAUGAUGUAGCAAUCGUAUAUAACUUGGACAGCAAUGAGCUGGAACAAAUGUCUGCCAAAAGUGAUGACGGCAUAACGAUACCAUCAGUUUUUGUUGGUGAAACAACCGGAAAGAUUCUAAUGAUCAACUAUCAAUACCAAGACGGUUUCGUGUUGCUCAUAAACGACGAACUGCCGUUCAACAUAAACACCCAUCUCAUUCUUCCGUUUUCGAUUGUGGUGGGACUGUGCUUCAUCAUAAUGAUCGGAUUUAUGAUUGUCAAAUGCAUUCGGGAGCAACGUCGUUUAAGGCGCCAUCGUCUGCCGCGAAGUGUUCUGAAAACCAUACCGACAAUUAAAUUUAACAAGGGCCAUCCGUACGAGGUGUGCGUCAUCUGUCUGGACGAGUAUAUUGAAGGUGACAAGCUAAGGGUAUUACCGUGCCAACACGCCUAUCACUGUAAGUGCAUUGACCAGUGGCUAACGAAAAAUCGACGAUUCUGUCCCAUUUGUAAGCGGAAGGUUUUGCCGAGACGUCAGCCUCGGCAGAGACGCUCGUCGGACAGUACGUCGGAUUCGGAACCCGAUGCAACCGAUUCAACCCCUUUGAUUAAUCCGGUGGAGCAUGGGAAUAGUCAUGGAACGUUUAACCAAUCGAAUAAUGAAGAAGGUGUAUCAAGUCAUGCCGGUCGUGUGAAUCCAUUUGACAGAACGCCAAACCUUCCACCAAAUCUUUUGAGUCAAGAUGACAAUACAACAUUAUGGUCACGAGUCAGAAUGUUCCGCUGGCCGCGUAUAUUUACUCGAAAUUCGAACGAAGACAUCGAAUCCCAAAUCGAUGACGUGGAUUCCGUAGCUGUUGCCAUACCUAGUCAAACGUCGUCCAGUAACAACAUUUUAAACUCAAAUUUAAGCGGCUCGUUUCGUGAUAGUGACGACGAACAGCUGAUGGAACGAAAUAUAUACGAACCCGGUCAACAAACGGCCGAACACAGUCAAGUGCACCAAUCAAUCGCCGAACCGUCACCGCCGUCGACCAGCACGCAACAGAGACUUGGUGUUGCAGCCAUACCGAACACCGAAUUCUGUCCGACAACACCGUUAUCAUCACGAUCGAAUCGACGUGAUAAUAAUGAUUUUGCUGUUUGAAGUAGAGAGAUAAUGUGAUCGAGUUUUGCAAUUCAGGUCAUGGGAUUAAUUGCCUUGAUCGAAUUGGGUGUGUUAAAUGAACUGAAGAAUAAAACUGGGUUCUGGAAUGAAUUUGUGAUCGAAACGUUUAAAAUAAAAUUUAUUUUUUAUUCUCUGUUGUA